AGGUGGUGAUGGGGGGCUAACAUGUCAGUGAGUGGCUCGUCGUCUCAGAUGAUGCAGAUGAUGUGAGCACUUUUUGAGUGGGAAAGUGAUCUUUGAAGGAGUUCCUCCCAGCUGGAGUAAGAGUGGCCAGCGCUCACUAAUUGGCCCAUGUUUUGUUGCGGGUCUCUGAGUUGAAGCUCAUCAGACUGGAGAAGGGGAGACAGGCGGAGAGUGAGCACAACCAGACUGCCCAGGACUACACAGCAACGCACAGGAGAGGAACAGGACAGGAACAGGACAGGACGGGACGGGACGGGACGGGACGGGGGUGUUAUGGAUCAAAGUGUGUGCAUUCUGGAGCUCCUGGGUGUGUUCUUCUCAAUCCUGGCCUGGCUGUUCUCGCUGGCCACCAACCUCAUGUCACAGUGGCUGACCCUCUCCACGGAGCUCCUCCCGGCCGAGAGCUACGAGCUGGGCCUCUGGGAGACGUGCGUGGUGCAGGACCUGGGCGUGCAGGAGUGCCGGCCCUACGACAGCCUCCUGGGCCUGCCACCAGACAUCCGGCUGGCCCGCAUCCUCAUGUGCACUGCCACGUCGACCGGUCUCCUGGCGGUGAUGCUUGCCAUCCCGGGCAUGUAUGUGGUGAACAGCUGCAAGGGGACGGAGACGAUACGCGCCAAGCGGACGAUGAAGAUGAUCGCGGGCAUCCUCGGCCUGGCGACGGGCGUCCUGGUUAUCAUUCCCGUCUCGUACAUCGCACACCUGACAGUGCUGCGCUUCUUCGACGAGUCGGUGCCGGAGGUGGUGCCGCGCUGGGAGUUUGGCCAGGGCCUGUUCUGGGGCUGGGGGGCGGCUCUGAUGCACCUGACCGCUGGGCUGCUCCUGGUCAGCUCCUGCGUGUGUUUACAGGACGAGUCCUGCCCUGCAACCACGUCCCUACAGAGACACACGACGGGCAUAGAGCUCAACCACAGGAAACGCACGGAAUACGUGUGAGGGACGUGAUACACACCUCUGUAAGGAUCCCAGAGGAGCACAUUUAGGUUUUUCUCCAACUAACCAAAAGUCAGAUCUUUUUUUUGGCUGGAACUGUUUAAUGAUGACAGACACACUUCCACGAGAUCGUAUAUGUCCUUGAUGGGAUGCUGCUAUACCCUUCAUUUUGGUUUUACUCAAUCACCAAGGUAAUGCCAAUUCCAAUUUUCUUGUUAUACAUUUAGGAUCGGAUGCCGCAUAGAUCUUUCACUUCUAUGUACAUUUCUCUUAAAUGACUUCAUACAUAUCAUUUAAUGAUUCCUUGCAAGUUUUUUUUUGACCUAUUGGAUCAUAAUCUAUAUUUAAAUAAAUGAAUGAAUGAAUACGUUUUAUGAUGGAAACGUACAAAACAGUGCCAAAGCAUUCAAUGUAUGCAUGAAAAUAAUCAUGGAUGAAAACACAAAUAAAGCCAAAAAGGCCACUGUCCAUUCUCUUCCUCUCGACGUUAAGGAAUGUUUAUCUAAUAACACUGACUUUUAAAACUUUAAUUGAUUCAAAUUAAGAUGGACAUCAGAAGCAGUAAUGUGUGGAGUAUUAGUUAGAAUAUCUGUAUAAAGUUGUUUUUUAGUUUAUUAUUACCAAAGAGUAUUGUUUAUUAAUCAAAAGUAAUUACUAUGUAAAGUUGGACUGCAUGCUUGUGUCAUGUGUAUGUAUUUCAAGUGCAAUGUUCAGCAGCGAGACUAAAAAGUAUAAAUGAUAGCUCCGUAUAGGUCCAAUGAUAAACAUUAUCGUAGUAUUCUGUACAUCCAGUACAUAUUCCGAAUGCAGAAUACUUAGUGUUCUUUGGAGGUUAUUCAGUCAUUAAACACACCAACAGGUUUUCUAUUUUAAUGGAUUUCAGGAUUUCACAUUGGAAACCAUUUGAGUUCAGUCAGUUAUUGUUGCUUGACAGUUUAUACUGUAGGUAACAAUAUUAAAGUGUAUCGUACAGUACGCCAAAACACAUCUUCCUUACCAAAAUAUUGUUUAUGUUGAAUAUGCAUUGAACAUAUCAGAAAAUAUAUUAUGAAUAUUUUCACAUAUUAUAUCUACAACAUUUGCUGUUGUCAUGUUCAGAGACUAUUAUAUUGGUUCAAUAAAAAAAGUUCAAAUAUCACAUACAUAAUGAGUUUUAUUGUUCAAGAGUGUAUAAGCUGGGCUGUUUUACAAAUGCUGACGCAAAAUUGUAAUGUAAUAUGAAGUGCAUCACACACUGCAGUCAUGCAGGAAAAGAGUUUCCUUUAAAUGGCCUGACAAGCAUGUCGACUGAAACAGUUUUUGAAACUAAUCCUCCUUGAUCCUCCAUGUUGGCUCCUGGGAUAAGCUCUGGCUAAUGGCCAGCCUAAUGACCAGGCAUCCGUGAUGCGUGCACAGCAGGUCAUUCAGCGCCUAUUACUUUGACAUCAUUUCACAAACCCCUGGCCAACGGGGGCCUUCCCAAAAUCCUGCAGGGGCUUCUGUUAUUGUUGUCUCCCUUUCUCAGGUUGGAAUUACCACAGGUGUGUUUGCUAAGCUAAGCUAGCAGGGUUCCUUCAGGUGCUCGUAUUGUAGUUGUCUCCCUGUCUCAAGUUGGAAUUUUUGUGUUUGCUAAGCUAAACUAACAGGGUUCUUUCAGGUGCUUCUAUUAUAAUUGUUCCUCUGUCUCACAUCAGAAUAAAAGGUUCAAGGUGCUUAGGUGACCACACAUGCUGAUAAAAAUGUAAAUAGAAAUGUAAUAUUGCAACACUGUAAGCAUCUGUAAAACAUCUGACUAAAUCUAAAAAAUAUAUUGUUUCCCCAUCUCACGUCUGGAUCAGUUUGUGAACUAAGCCAAGCUAUAGAGCAAUGUGGGAGCAGCACAGAACGCGCCGUACACUGAUCCGAAUCAGAAUCUGUCCUGUACGUUGGUUUCGACAAAGGCACUUGCUAAAUGAGUCAAUGAAUGAGUUUGUGUGCUAAGCUAAGCUAAGCUAAGCUAAGCUACGGUAGCAGGGUUCCUCACAUGUCCCCUGAUGCCACGUCUCUUGGCUUUGCCUUUGAAAGGUCCCGUGUAGCACAGCCUGUGUCCAUGCCGUCAUGAGAAAGCCUCCUUUGUUGCCGCUCCCACAAUGAAGUCAUUAUGUCUUUGUAUGCUAAUCUUGCCAUCUUUUUACAUCCAAAGGUUGCUGUUGCAUCAAAGGGUCACAUGUAGUGCUGGCUAUAGCAUGCCUGCUCCUUCAAACUGGAUGGAAAACAGCAUGCACAAGGAGUAAUCAGGGGCGGCAGUGGUACAGGAGGUAAAGAAGUCGUUUAGUAAUCAGAAGGUUG